AUGCGCAAUCACACUGGCCAACAGCUGUUUGGUAUGGGUUCAUCCGCGACCACGUUCAUAAACUUAACACCACUAAAUUGGGGCCAACUAUCACCACCAAUCCAAUAAAUGUGGUUGUGGAUGAAUCGGGGAGAGCGAGAGAAUCCACAAAAGCACAUGUCACUCCAACGACCUUCAGGCCGAUGAUCCUGGAUUGCCGACAACGACGACAACGGUCGGACUUCGACUUCGGACAAAUCUCCACACGAUAAAACUCACUCGUCUUCGGUCGUGAAAUUCAGUCUAGCUUGAUCUUCGGUUCGCGACGGUACUCUCCCAGGAUUGCGGAAAAUCGGACAACGCUUUGUAAGGAUAAUGAGGGCUGGUGGGUUAUUUGGGGUAUUGUGGUUGUGUUAGUGGGUUUUGUGUUGGUGUGCUAGUGGACGUGGAAUUAUUGGGGAAGGAGAGAAGAUUGAUCCAGUGGAAGCAGAGCUUGUGAUGGAAAGCGCUUAAUUUUCCUUUUCCUGUCGAUUCAGUGCUUGUGCUUCGAGUUGCUUCGUAAUAUGUACAACGGAAGUGGGGUGGAGAAUUUAUAUCCACCGAGUGAAAUGAAGUUUUGCUUAUUUUUAUGCAAGUGAUUUCUUCUGGGAUUUGUCGAAAGUAUCUCAAGUUCAAAUUGAUCAAUACUGCUGGCAUGUGGUCAAUAAGAAGAAGCCAACAUAAAUAAUACAAGAUGAGAGUAAAUAAUUCGUCUGUUUCCUGAGUUGUUAUGGUUUUAUGUGGGCCAAAGUUCUUUCUCUCUAUCGCUCCUCGUGCUAUAACUGAAGAAGAGUGUGUCCUUGUUUGGUUACUCCGUGGAGUGUCCUUUCACAACAGCAGUGUUUUCGUAUGUUUACCACUGUCAGCUGAAUGUCAUCGCGGCCCGUAGCCUGGAGUGUGUCAGAGAAGUGUUGUGUUUAUGCCAAUAGCCUCCACUGCUACCUCUGUUGGAGCCCUCGAGUGGAAUGAAGUGUAGUUAUCUGCUGUUCAAAGCAAACCGGAAUACAGCCUAGAAGCGAAACAGUGCAAACAAACCAGGAAGCAUUCUUUACAUAGUCCUGUUUGAUAGUGCGUUAACAAGGCAUCCACAACCGCGAAAACAACGACGAUGCAGCAGCCACAGUUUAAAGUGAAUAAUUUACACAAAUUGAGGAAAAUAUGGAUACAAGUUUUCCUACCCGUGUUGAUACUGAGUGCGCAUGUCCUGGUCGUCACAUCUCAGCAGCAAUCUCAACAGCAGCAGCAGAUGCAGCAACAACAAAAGGAAUUACAACAGCAGCAAUCACCGACCAAUUUACCGUCAUCGCCGCAGAAACGAGGCGGUAACACCGACACCAGCAAGGACCACUGCAACAAAACGGUCGACAUCUACGAGGAUGUGGCCUCGCCGGAGGUGACCAACACCAACCGAAACCGGCCCCUGACCUGCUGGUAUCGAUUCCGCAGCUUCCGUGGGGCGCCGCGAGAUUUCGUCAUGCGGUUGAAUUUCAAAAAGUUCAAAGUCGGCAACCUUCUCAAUGCGACGCAUUGUGAGGGCGGCUAUCUGCAGAUUGUGGACGGCAACGCCAAAACCGACGUAUCGAACCGGCGGGAGCCGGGUCAGUUUUGUGGCGAGUCGGAGCAACCGCAAACAUUCAUCAGCGAAACGAAUGCCGUCAAAAUUGUCUUUCACACCGAUAAUUUCACCGACCAGACCUAUUUUGCGUUUGACUCCCGAGCCGAGCAGCAGAUGGAAGUGUUCAAUCGAUACGGUCCCCAUCCGGAGCUGUAUCCAAACAGGCGAGGCGAAGUGGUCCAAGGCUCGUACUGUGAGCGAGAAUUUCGCGACUGCCGGCUGCAGACCUGCUACGUACAAUCGCCUGCCUAUCCGGGAAUUUACCCGCGGGCCCUCAAGUGUCGAUACCGGCUACAAACCAGAUUGCCCUUCAUCAAGCUGUACAUCCAGAACGAGCAGUUUGCCGUCGACGGUCAGAGGUGUGAAAACAUCAUGACAUGUCCGAUGAAGGAGAUUGGAUCCGGUACGGAGCACUGCCCGUACGAUUGGCUGGCAGUUUACGAUGGACGCGAUGAACAUGCUCCACCGAUUGGCAAGUUCUGUGGGAUGGGAAAGUUUCCUUUCAGCAUCAUAGGAACGUCGCAGUACAUGUACGUUGAGUUUGUGUCGUCGCCUGCGGGUCCACUGCUCAACACCGGAUUCCAUUUCAACGUAGGAAACUGGCCGGGCCAUGUGGAAACCGUGGGCACCAAACACGGGGCCUGCGAUUGGCUGCUCAGCUCUGACGCACUCAGGGCCACUAGCGCCUCGGAAGGAAUUUUCCUCAGCGUGGCUCAUUGGUAUCCACCCAACACGUCCUGCAGCUAUCACAUUCAGGGGAAUGAAGGCGAAAUCGUACGGCUGUAUUUUCCAAGCUUCCGGAUCAACCGCAUUGAGGCUCCCAUCAUCAACUACGAAGAGGACUGCGCAGAAUCUCUUACCAUUUAUGAUGCCAACCAUCCGGAUCCGGCGCGCAUCAUCAAAACUUUCUGUGACACCUUCUCGCGGCCGAUGGAGAAGAUCGAUUUCGUGAGUACCGGUCGGUCUCUGUACGUGAAGUUCCUCAGCAAGACCGGUUCCUACAGUGGCAGUUCGCUGUACUACUGGGCGCAUUAUGAUUUCUUCAACAACACCAAGUACGGCGAUCCGGUGCAGAACACGCUUUGUGAUGAGGUAUUCUACGCUUGGAAAUACAGCAAGGGCGAGUUGGGAUCACCGAGGAACACGUUGAUUUACAAGCGAGCGGCUGGAAGCGACGUGCGAUGUCAGUACAAGUUCGUAACGGAUCGUCGGCUGUUUUCGAGAGUGGUGGUGGAGGUCACGUCGGUUAUGUUCAAGGAGGUUCCAUACUCUAUGACGGCUUGCACCCGGUGCCACGAAGAACGCGUUGACAAACUGAUCUUGUGGGAGGAGAAGGAUAAGAAUCAGAAUCGUUUAGCAUGUUUCUGCGAUAAUAUUCCUCGUCCUGUUCGGGUCAUCUCGUCGGGAGAUCAAAUGAAUUUGGAGUUGAUUAUCCAAGGUCAACACGCCACGACAAGCUAUUUUAAAAAUCCGAACACUUUGUUCGAGGCGAAUUAUGAAUUCGCACAUGGGCCCAUCUGUGGCCCGAUCACAUUGGGCCCAUCUCCUGAUGGAGAGUUAGUGUUUCCGUACAAGAAUGCCCUGGGUAUACAGCUGAAUGAAAACAGACGUGAAAAAUGCAUAUGGGAGCUUAAGGUUGCGGCUCAAAGAGACUUGUGGCUGCAUUUGGAUAAAGCCAGAUUUGCGGAGAAGAGUUGUGAACAUGCAAGAAUCGAAAUCUACCUAGCAGGAAGGUUAGAGCCAAGGUUUAUCGUGUGCCCAGAGAAUGUUACGCUUGCUCGGGAUUUUGCUAUCCUGUCAGCAGCUGAGUUAGGAUCCGUCGAAAACGAAAAUGAACCACUGCCAGUUCUAAUCCAGUAUACAGGCGAUAGUGCCAUUGGGAAGAAUGCAUUCAAAUUUGUAUGGACUGAGCUAUUCCACCUGCCGAGGAAUGCUGACGGAACGCUGGCCACUUCGUCUAUGUUCAAGGACAGUUGUGAUUUCUACUGCCCUGGAGAUCAACACGUAUGUAUUCCAGAGUACCUGCUAUGUAACGGAGUUUCCAACUGCCCAAAUGUUACGGGUCUGCGAGUGGUCGAAAGCAAUAUCGAUAAAAACUAUGAAUACAUCGAAGAGAACUACAUCCGCCCUGGACUGUUCGAUAAAGAGUUCUUGUUGAACAUUCCAUACCUAACCGACGAAGCGCCCGAACUGUGCCGUACCAAGUACAUUCCCAACACGGGAGACUAUCCGGACGUCGUCGAGUGCUUCCAGUUCCCCGUCAUUCAGAUGGUGGUAGCUGGUGUUGUCCUCUGUACUCUGAUCAUUCUCGCCUUUACCAUAUAUUGCCGACUGUACGGCCAGAAAUAUUACGACUGAGACGUGCCUCCCACGGAAUGGAGCCGCCGUUCUCAUCCAAACUUUUCAGUAGACACCGUGUAGCCAAGUGAAACUCUUAGGAAAGGUUAAGUUUUAGCGUAAUACUAUGCAACCAAAAGCAAGCAUGCCUUCAUUUUCCUUCCCAAUCUCUCGAUAGUUUAUUGGUCCAGUAAAGAAAAACACACACAACACUCCAAUUAACGGAUUCAAGUCACAAAAACUUUAAAGUGCACUGCGAUGAAAAUCGCCUCGAAAUAUUAGGAGGGGAGAGUUGCACACAGGUCGGGAUCGAGUGCAUCCCCAAAGGGACAGUUUUGCUAGCUUCGUUUCAGAAGUUUUGUUGACUGACGAGCUUUCGGGUGGGAAACAAAAACGCAAAGUAGUAGAGCAGCUCUUCUCUCGACAAGUUAAGUUUUAGGCAACAGAUUUCCAUAGUUUUUUCGUUUGUAGGAUCAAAUUAAAAUACAAAAAAAAAACAUCCACUCACCAGUUGCGAGGAACCGUGGAAAGUUAGUCAUUUACAGAGAAAACCAAAGAGAAAGAAAACACGCGCAGAGUGUGAACAUGCCAAUGGUGCACUUGAAAGUCUCGCCAGCAUGUGUGAUCGACCCUUUGAUAUGUAUUGUCAAGUAGAGAGAAAAGUUAUUUAAAACUCGAAAGUAAAAAAAAGACAAAUUUAAAACCGCACUGCACAAUUUGUAAAUACGAGCAACAAACUGAACAAAUUUAACGAGAGAAAAUAGGACAAACCAAUUCAAUUAUAUACAACUGCAGAUUAACUUGUAGAGAUGAACCAGAAAGAUGAAGGUUAAUAAACGAUGAUUGAAAAUGA